CCGCGGGUCCCGCGGCGGCGCCGGCGGCGGUGCUGGCCGUGUCUCUCCCUUGGGCCGGAGCGGCGCACACACCAGAAUCACAGAAUGGUUGGGAUUGGAAGGGACCUCUGGAAAUCAUCCAGCUCAGCUAGCCAUUAAAGCAGGUUCACCUUAUGCGGGUUGCAUAGGAGCACAUCCAGAAAUUCUUCCUAUAUGGAUCAGCCUUCUAGGGAUGGUGAAACUGCAAGAAGACUACUCUGAGCCAACCCAGGAUGAAUCGGGUGCCAGGUGAAGCAGAAAAUGCUCACAGUAGCAGUGUGGAAUCAUGUCCUUCCUUGCGGGACAUCCACUCCAUCAACCCAGCACAGCUGAUGGCAAGGAUUGAGUCAUAUGAAGGCAGAGAGAAGAAAGGCAUAUCAGAUGUCAGAAGGACUUUCUGUUUGUUUGUUACCUUUGAUCUCUUAUUCAUAACUUUGCUGUGGAUAAUAGAAUUAAAUGUGAAAGGAGGCAUUGAGACUGCCUUAAAGAAAGAAGUCCUACAAUAUGACUACUCUUCUUCAUAUUUUGAUAUAUUUCUACUGGCAGUCUUUCGAUUUAAGGUGUUAAUACUUGCAUAUGCAAUGUGCAGACUGCGCCAUUGGUGGGCAAUAGCUUUUACAACAGCAGUGACCAGUGCCUUUUUAUUAGCAAAAGUAAUUAUUUCACAGCUGUUCUCACAGGGUGCUUUUGGCUACGUGCUGCCCAUCAUAUCCUUCAUACUUGCCUGGAUUGAAACUUGGUUCUUGGACUUCAAAGUAUUACCACAAGAAGCUGAAGAAGAAAACAGAUUUUUGAUAGCACAGGAUGCUUCUGAACGAGCAGCUCUUCUUCACCCAGGAGUCCUCUCUGAUGGGCAGUUCUAUUCUCCUCCUGAAUCUGUAGCAGGAUCUGAUGAAGACUCUGAAGAAAAACAAGACAGUGAGAAACCAGUUGUAUAGCAAAUAUGGAAAAACAG